AUGCGUCUCCCCCCGAAAUUCCGGGUCCAAACCCUAGUUUUUCCCCUCUCGCCCGCCGGACAUGUCCGUCCCGGACCGGACGAGACCCCGCCGCCGCUCCUAGCCUCUCCCGUCGCGCCACCUGUCGCCUCCGUCGCCUCCCUCCACCGCGGCCCGCGGGGCCCGAAGCAGGCCCGCGCGAGCCCGCACGAGCCGCCGCCGACCCUCGCCUCCACCUCGCGCCGACCGCCGCCCGUCCCGCGCCCCGCCGCCACUCGCCCCGGCGACCUCCAUGCCGGAGCCCGUGCCGCGCGUCUCCCGCGCCGGCCGUGGCCGCCGCCGCCGCGCUUCGCCGACGCCGCCUGCGUCCUCCGCCCCGCACCGCCCGACUUCCCGUCGCCGGCCCCCUGUCGCGCUUGCCGCCUCGCUCGCCGGCGCGCGCCGCCCGCCGCCGCCUUCGCUCCGGCCAGAUCCGGGCGGGUGGAUGAGAUCCACCCGUCCCGUGAUCCAAACGCCCCGCCGUCCCGCUCCGCUCCGUCCCGGGAUCUCCCGAUCCAACUUUCGCGGAGGUGA